UUAAGAUUAUGUGCAUUCCAACGUACAAUAAUGAGUGACGAAAGCCCAGAAGAGCGCCAAAAAGAUGAACUUGUAUCGUUGCAGUCAAUAUAUCCAAAUUUGGUGAGAGACCUGCGAGCAAACUCUGCUUGGAAAAUAUGGAGGCCAAAUGAUUUUCUUCUUACACUGCAGCCGUUGCACAACUCUGCUAUUGAAGGCAUACAUUGUUCUGUCACAUUAAGGUUUUGCUGUUGCCAUGAGUAUCCAGAUAAACCUCCAACAAUAGAAAUCCAUGAACAUAAAGGCCUAUCAAUUGAAAAUGCUUCAAAAUUACUGGAUCAUUUGAAGGAUUUAUCUCAACAAAAGUGUGGGGAAGUUAUGAUAUUUGAAUUGGCUGAGUAUACUCGGCAAUACCUCCACGACCACAAUAAGCCUACACUGUCUUUCUACGAUGAAAUGUUGAAACAGCAAAAUGAAAAAGAAGAAUUGAUAAAACAAGAGAAACAGGAAGAGCGUAAAAAAAUAAAGGAUGAAAUCCAGAAGAGACACGAAAUAUAUAUUGCGGGGAGACAACAGAUUGGAGUUCAGAAAAAUGGCAACAGUACAGAGAUGAAUAGCGAUGAAGGUCUGAGUGACGCACCUGAACUUGUAUUUUACGCGGACAGUAACGUGUCUCCUGUAAAGAAAGUGCCGCGUGAUCGCUCCGUGAAUAUCAGUUGCACUUGCAAUCUAGAUAUCUUGCAGACACUUAAAAUAUCACAGAGGAAGAACAAUAAAGUGUAUAUUGGGAAAUGCUUAGGUCACUCCUCAAACGGGGCCACAACUUACUUGGCCAUCGAGGACUCUGGUGAACAUCUCAUCUGCAAGAAGUGGUCCAUACCAGCAGCAUCCGAGUUCCAAACUCGCACCCGACAAAUGGAGCUACUCCGGCAGGAUUUAAAAUCGAUGUGUCGAUUACAACACUCCUCAUUAGUGCCAUAUAUCGCCAUGGAAAUGUUUAAAGAGAACAAACGGACACCAACGCAAUCUGUGUAUAUAUUUAGGAAUUAUAUAUUAGGCAGUUCAUUAAAGUAUUUAAUAGAGAAGUGUAAAUGUAGUGAUAAGUAUGAAGUAUUGAAGUUAGUGAGGCAUAUAGGGCUUGGAGUGUUCAGUGCGUUGACAGAGUUGCAUAGUGUUAACGUGUUACAUAGAGAUGUAAGGUGUGAGAACGUAUACUUGGACGAUCUCGGUGCGGUUAAGUUGGUCGGCGCUGGUCUUGACUUGAGACUCGCUGAAAUGCUAGAAGGCGAGAAUUAUUGUGAAAGUCAAUCUCAAGCACAGGAUAUAUACGCCGCUGCACAGCUGUUGCUAUCCAUGAUAGCCCAAGAAAGGAAUUCCCAUGAAAUACCUCCAGAACUGCCCAGUGCCGCUAAAGACUUCUUCUCCAAAUGUAUCACAGAAGAUUCGCAAUGGUCAGCUGAGAAGCUAGUCAGUCAUGCGUUCCUGGUCGAUGCUCCCACCAAACAACCAAGCAACAAGCAGACCGGUGACGCUGGAAGUGGAUCUGAUGAUGAUGAAGCAGUGCUAAAGGUCCGUAAUAUAAUCCCAGUUACCAACGGUCACUCUCGGCUUAUGGACGAGUUUGAAGAACUCGCGUGGCUCGGCCAAGGUGCCUUCGGAGAUGUCUUAAAGGUGAAGAACAAAUUAGAUGGUGGUUUCUACGCAUUAAAACGGGUUAAAUUAAACCCAGAGAACGUGCAGUUAAACAGGAAAAUAACACGGGAAGUGAAACUACUGUCCCGAUUGAACCACGAGAACGUGGUCCGUUAUUACAACGCGUGGAUCGAGUCCAUCACCGCCGUGGACGAUGGUGAUGAGUCUUCCAGUUAUAGCGUCGUUAAAACACCAACGAGGAAGAAACCCGGUGAUAGCCUCGAGGGUGUGGUGGCUAAACUGGGACAAGAGGUCAAGCUGGAGUGGUCCAUGUGCGAAGGGACUGGACCCAAACGGAUCUCGUCCGACAGCGAGGAAGACGUGGACGAUGACGAACAGCUCCCACUCUUUAAGAUGAGCCCUGAAGACGAAUCCAGUAGCAGUAUAGAAUUCGCCGGAGAUUCAGACAAUAAAUCCGAGACCAUACCCUCGGAAGCUCUACCUGACACCCCUAGGCCGCAAUCCAUCCGUUUGAACCAAGUACUCUAUAUCCAAAUGGAGUUCUGCGAGAAACAUACACUACGACAAGCAAUAGACAACUGUUUGUACCAGGAACACAUACGAGCGUGGAGGCUGUUCAGAGAGAUUGUAGAAGGUUUGGCCCACGUUCAUCAAAGAGGCAUGAUACACAGAGAUUUAAAGCCAGUAAAUAUAUUCUUGGACUCAAACGACCACGUCAAGAUUGGAGAUUUUGGUCUGGCGACGAAAGCGUUUACGGGGUUGCCAGUUGACGAACAAGCUAAACCAGAAGAAAUAAGAGGUUCCUUGACUGGACAAGUCGGAACAGCCCUUUAUUUAGCUCCGGAACUUCUACAAUCCACAGGAAAAGGUAUAUAUAACCAGAAAGUCGAUAUAUACUCGCUUGGGAUCAUCCUAUUUGAGAUGUUUCAUCCCCCACUGAGUACCGGCAUGGAGAGGGCGAAAGUGCUCAACAACCUCCGCACCAAAGAUAUAUUGAUGCCAAAUGAUUUUAAAACUGAUGAAAACACAAAGCAGAUAUAUGUUAUUCGGUGGCUGUUAAGACACGACCCCCGCGAGCGCCCCACGUGUGCUGAACUGCUGGGGAGCAGCCACGUGCCCCGAGCGGUGCCUGAGGGCGCGCUGGCCGGCCUGGUGUCGCACGCACUGAGCGAGCGCGCGCGGAACUACCAGCGCCUGGUGGCCGCCUGCCUCCACCAGCGCCCGUCGCCGGCCGAGGACUACACCUACCACAAGGACAUGCGCACCAGGCCCAACGAUCUGCUCUCCGUCGUCAAGGGCAACGUUAUAAAGGUGUUCCAUAGCCACGGCGCGACUGAGUUCUCACCCCCGCUGCUCACCCCCCGAGCCAAAAGUUGGGAACAGCACCCCAAAGCGGUCGCAGUGAUGACAGCCAGUGGUACCGUCUGCCAUUUACCACACGAUUUGAGGCUACCAUUUGCAAGACACACGGCAUAUUCUGCCACUAAAUAUAUGCGUCGUUACGUAGUGGAUAGGAUAUACAGAGAGAAACACGUGGCGGGGUUCCAUCCCCGAGAGAUUGUCGAGUGUGCAUUCGAUAUUGUCACCCCACAAAGAGAACUCAAUUUUCUCUGUAUCGUUGUGGCUGAUGCAGAACUACUCGUUGUGGCGAGUAGGGCUGCCUCGGAGUGUAAUCUAAAAGUCACCCUGCAACUGAACCACGCUCUGCUUCUGCAAACCCUACUGCUUUCUUGUGGGGUUCCGCUGGAUAAGCACGCUGAUAUAUAUCCCGUUCUAGUACAAGUUGGUUUAGGCCGUAUUACAAGAUUACAACUGCAAACACAUCUAGAGUCGCUAUGUAUAUCAUCUAGAGAUAAGACGAACCUGCUCCGCCUAAUGGAAGCUGAUGUACCGUUCAGUGAGUUGAAGGAAAUCGUGUAUGAUAGUAAAUUGAAGAGCGCAAAGUGGAGUAAGAAGAUCAACCAGGCGUUAGAGGAGUUGGAGACUGUUUAUGUCAACGCUAAAGCUUUGGGCUGCGAGUGCCCCAUGACGGUCGCUCCGUUCCUGGCGUACAACGCGAUGCAGCACAACGGCGUGUUCUGGCAAAUGAGCGUCAUACGUCAGUGGGAACAUAAGCCAAACGCCAAACAGCUUUCUGGCGACCUCAUAGCAGCCGGGGGCAGAUAUGACGCACUAGUUGAUGAGUUCUGGGAGGUGGCUAGAACGGAAAAGGACCAAAAUGAACAGUUGAAGAGUAGUUCUGUGGGCUUCUCUAUGUCGUUAGAGCGGAUUGUCGCCAUAUUGAAGAAGAUGGAAGUGGAUUUACCGCCUACAGUUAAGGAUAUUGAGUCGACGCUGAUAUGCGUGUACGUGUCGGGCAAGGCGGGCAACAGCAAGGAGGGUCGGGAGGCGAGCAUGUGCGCGGAGGUGGCGCGCGAGCUGUGGGCGGGCGGGCAGCGCUGCGCGGGCUGGCCCGCCGGCGAGCCGCGCGACCUGGCGCGGGCCGCGCUCGUGCUGCAGCCCGCCGGCGCCUGUCUCAGGGCCACCUUCUGGGCGGACCGUGUGAUUGAGACAAAAUUGGCUUACCACGAAGUGAUCGACUUCGUGAAACAAAAACUGAAUCCAACCAUACCACGAACUCCAGAUGGUACAAGUAAUAGGUCAUUAAAUACGAACGACACAGAGAAAACUAACAAUAUUACCUGCUCUAUUACGUUUAUCACUGCAAAGGACGAAUGUAUGAACAAAAAUACAAAACGAUUAUUAGAAAACCAGAUCCACACGGCGGUGACGUCACUGGCGGCGUCGCUGGGAGUCGCUGGAAGAGCGCGCGCGUGCGUCCUCGCGCUCGGGUGUGGAGCCGCCGCCCUGCGCGCGCUCGCCGCCCACACCGAGCUGAGCGCCCUGCGCGCCGCCCGGCCCGCGCGGCCCGCCGCGCCAUUCAUCAAGAAUCAAGACGUGUUAGAAGACGCACUAGAAGUACUGACAGUCAUCGCCAACCAGAACAACCAAAAUCGCUCCACUGACGAGACCCAGCUCAUCAUUCUAUACUCCAUACCUGACUCAUUGUGCAAAAUAGUAACGUAACAAUAAACAAACCAGCUUCGUACAAAUAAGUAUCCAUAAUAGGAU